AUGAUACAGUUUGAGGGGUUGUGCGCAAAUACUUUCACCGCCUUCUUGAAAUUGUUGCACAAUAGCUGUCUUUCCUCUCCGACGAUCUCUUUUCGGUCGGGCGUGCGGCCUCCGUCGGGCAACAUGUUCAGCCUCUGGUUCGGCGAUGCGGGUAUGCUUAUUUUGCAUGCCGGGAACAAAUCAUUCCGCUUGCCGUCGUGCAUCCUGGCUGAGCAGUCCUCGGUGAUCCGCAACUUUUUGUUCUACCCAAACCUGGCAACGAUCCAAGCGGAGAAGCACACCUGCCCUGCUGGAGGACUGUCAAUCACGUUGGACGACCCUGAAGAGGCUGUUGAGCAUUUCCUUCGGGCGGUUUAUGACUCUGGGUAUUUCGAACCCCCGCCCACUCCUGCAUUCCUGGACCAGAUUCUCGGGAUACUUUCACUAGGUGCCAAGUAUGACGUCCCGUUCCUCCGCAAACGAGCCUUGAGGCACCUCGAAAGCGGAUAUCCGUCCACUCUGCAGGCUUACGAGUCGCGGAAAUCCCUGUCGACGUUUCCAACCGUGAGGGAGUAUGGCCAAUCCUACGCAGAACGCUCAGAAGACUUCGAUAUCGCUGCUACUCUCUCUGUCCUCCAGGUGGCCCACUCUGUGAACGCACGCUGGAUUCUGCCCUCAGCAUAUUAUGAGUGCUGCAUGUAUUCACUCAAGGAGAUCCUCACCCACCCAAAGUACCUUGAGCUGGAGGCUUAUCUGCGAGACAGGAUCAUGAUUGGCUACACAAAUCAGCUUUCCGCUACCCAUCACACUGCUGUGUUUUUGUACGAGUCACCUGCGGAAGCCUGCGAGGAGCCCUUCAAGUGUCUAGAAGUCCGGCGUUCAUAUGCUGAGACUGCAGGUUGGAUUAAUAACUGCACCAACCCAAUUGGAGUCUGGGAACCAGAGGACUGGCUAUGCUACCUCGGGGACUGCUGCGACAUCUGCAUCGCGAAGGCGAAGAAAACUCAUGCAGAAGCGAAGGAGGAAUUGUGGGAGAGGCUCCCGGACAUGUAUGGACUUCCAGCUUGGGAGAUUCUUUUGGCAGAGCGUCAACACGCUAUGGAUUAA